UAGAGAUGCAUACCUAAACAUUCACAGCAAAACACUUGCAUCUUUUAGGUGGACGUUUAAUCAAAACAAAGACAAAUACUAUGUUUACAGUGUUUCAGAUGCUCUUCUGGGAAAACAUCUAUGUGGAAGCAGAAACGUUUUGCCCAGUCCUGAAGUCCGGAGGAAUGGGAAAUCUCCACUGAGGUUCUCUUAUAGGGUUGCUCUUAGGUGAUUUUCAUCACUGAAGACCUUGCAUUAUACAGAGCUCCGUACUGGGGUUGCCCCAUCAGGAAACAUCUUCAGAAAAAGCCUUUGAAUUUCACCUUCAGAAAGGCAGAUUUCCACUUUAGAGUUCAUGUCAUCCUCCUUCCUGUGAAAAUAAUAUGAACCAGAAGGUGUUAAUUUUCCUUCUCCCAAAUUUUAUUUUUGGGAUAUUUCUUUUUGGCUUUUUUUGUAAGAGACAAAAAAACCUAACAGGUGUUUUUCCUGAUCGCACUGAAGACUGGCUGGCAAUUCAGAAUGAUCGCAAAAGCACACUGGCUUCUCUCUGCCUGAAGAACGACCUCCUCAAAUUAAGAAGUAAAUUGGAUUCUUAUGUUGCAAGCCAGCUCUUUGUGGAGCACAAACAUAAAUUUAUCUACUGUGAGGUGCCCAAGGUAGGCUGCUCCAACUGGAAGAGAACUAUUUUUCUUCUCCAAGCAAACUUAAAUGCUGAAGCUUCUGAAAUUGAGCAUGACCACAUCCACCGAACCUCACUGAUCAAGAAGCUGGUGGUGUACCCUCCUGCCAUACAAAAAGAAUUUCUAAACAACUACACCAAAGUGAUGUUCACCAGACAUCCCUUGGAGCGCCUAGUUUCAGCUUACAGAGACAAACUUCUGCACUCUGAGCCAUUCUACAGUGUCACUGUGGCUAAUGAGAUUAGGGCAAUGUUCAGGAAAGACAAAAAUUCGUCUGAAAAAGUGAGUUUUCAGGAGUUUGUCAGUUUCAUUGUAGCAAAACCACCAAAUAGUCUUGACAUUCACUGGAAACCAAUGUUUCUGCUCUGUGAUCCUUGCAACAUUCACUAUAAUAUUCUGGGUAAGUAUGAAACUCUUAGGUUAGAUUCUGAGCAUGUUCUGGAGGUCAUUGGAGCACCAAAGAGACUGCACUUCCCCGACUUGAAGAGGUAUGGCUCAGAGAAACGAACUAAUGGUGAUAUCACCUUGGAGUACCUCAGACAAUUGAACCUAGAACAAAUUGAGAAGAUCAAAAAAUUGUAUCAAAUGGAUUUUCUCUUAUUCAACUAUACCAUGGACUAUGAGGAUUAUUUUUCCCUGAAUGACUAAUGUAGGUUAAACAAAGAACUGUUUCCUCUGUACAAAACGGGCUGAACCUGUUCUCACAGGUGCUUGAUAUGUGGAUUGUUGACUGACUGCUGCUGAGUUUCUGUUGGUGUUUGGGGAUGUGGUUAAUCAUCCUAAGCACUCUUAUAACAAAUCCCUGCCAUGAUCUCUUGUACUGUACAGUACUUUACCUAUAUGAAAUGAUUGUCUUCCUGUUGACUGUUAACGGCGUAUGUUUGUUUCAUGAAGACGGUUUAUAAAUAAUAGAUUUUGGUCUGUUGGUAAGAGGGGAAGGAUGGAGAAUGUUGCUUUCCACAACAAAUAUUUUUAGGACAUAAUUUUUUUUACAUUAAGGACUUAUUUUUUAUUAGAAAAAGACAUAAGAAGCAAUAAAUUAUCUUCUUUAGAGUCAAACCACUUGUCUGCAAGAGCCUCAAUCAUGAAUCCUGUAGAAAAGAAGCAAAAAACUUCAGAUGCUUGAAGCUGCAUUGCACGGAAUUUAAUGUCCGAUUAUAUUCCCUUUUAGCAGUGCUGUCACCACAGCCCACCAGCCUCAUCUCUCCAGAAGCUUAGUUGGCAGCAAUCCAGCCAGGGUUUCCCUUUUAUCUCUUCAAAAUUGUCUGAUGAGCAACAGGUCUGGUGUUCCUGGUGACUUUGCACUCUCUUCACCAUCUUUGUGAGCAUUAUAGUCUGAUUUAAGAGGGAAGGCCUGAGAAAUAUGUCUCUUCUUUUGAGAAGUAGGUAGAUGGACCCCUAAACUGUACCACUGAGGUGGUGCAGGAUUUAAACCCUCAGUGGAAAGGUGACUCUUACCUAUUCUCCAAAAGCACUUACCACCCAGUCAACUGGCUGGGCAGUCAGCACAGGCAGGACAAUGUUUGGGCUUUCCCCAUUCAUGCCUGCUGGAGCCCAUGAGCCCCUGGGACUGGUUUGAGCAUGGCAGUUAGGUGGAGCUGGGUAACUUCAGGUAAUACAUUUGUUCUGCCUGCUGCUUUCUCACCUCACAGGAGAUUGAGUGCAAAGAAACUGAUUGUAGUAUUAAUAGAUUGUAGUAUUAUGGUGAGUGGGGUGAUGAAGCAUGUGUGAGAAGCAACUCAAGCCAUUAUCCACUUCUUAUAUUCUUACAUGGCUUUAGUUUUAGAUCUGUAACUGCUAUUAAGUACAAGACUUGCUCCAUUUUUUGAAAAUCAACUGCCUAGUCACAUUGGAAAUUAAUUUGUGACCACAUUAAUUGUAGCCAGUUUUAGAAACUAAUAAUGAAUAUUAGCAUCACCUGUAGGGGAUGUCAGCCUCUCAGGAGCCAUCUUGAAAAUCUCCCAAAUGCACUUGGUUCCUAUCAGCUAUAUCUGCAAAUGUAUAAAGUCUGGCAGACAGGUCUUGGCUCCAGAGGUGGCUCACAGCUUCUCAAUACAUAGAAAAUGACAGGGAUAAAACAGCUUAAUCACACUGCCACCACCAAUCUGUACAGCCUUUGCUGCCAGCAGCAUGGCCAAGGGAGAGGGAAAAGGAUGCUGAGAGAAAUGGAUGCAAAGGGAUUGGAGUCAUGAGGGCUGUGAACAGCUUCCAGUGCAGAGUGGUCUUUCUCAGAGGGAAGAUGCAGUGAUAUACUGAACAUCAGCUGGAAACACUGAUGGGACCAUAGUGUCAGGAGGAAGCAGAGGAAGAAGCUUGCUACAUCCCUCCUUGAUGGCAGAUGGCACACAAAGCCAGAACUACUGUUCGGUACAUCUGGCAGCUCUUGUGUGGCUGACUAGUCCACAAAUGGGGCAGCUUUGGCACAAGAGGAGAUUCAAAGUGAAAAGGCCAAGGAAGAACAGCAAGAAAAAAAGAGCUUGUGAUUUCAUGUAGCAUAUGAUUUACAUUCAUGGUUCUGGAGCUUAUCUUCACCACCACCAUAUGUGGUAUCCCCACAGUCCUGUUGUCCCCCAGUACUGGACUACUCGUGCUGCCCUGGCAGUGCUGUAGUUCAUGUGAAUUUCUUUUACUGUUUAAUUAUGCUUAGGCAGAGGAAGCUGGAGAUGAUUCCCAUCAGAACAAAGGCUAUGCAGAGGGAUGCAGUUUCUCUCUCCCCUUCUCCCCCAAAUUGGAGCCAUCUCCAGCUACCUGCUUCUCCUGCUUUCUUUGUCAGAUCAUGUAGAGGAAGAGAAGAAUAAGAGUUGCUUCAUAACUUGCUUCUAAAUGACAGAUCCCUCCAGAACUAUAUCUAAAGCUAUAAAUAUAGCUAAAGCUACAUUAAUUUUCUGGCACCGACAGACAGCCUAGAAAAACUGAAGAAAUGAUACUGACAGUUUGAUAAGUGUCUUUGUUAUCAGCACUUGGGUAGUUAACACUCCCCUCCAGUUUCUUGCUGUUAGAUGCAAGUGGUUUUCUAUUCUUAAUUCCUCUUUCACACAGGAUCUCAUAUUCUUCCUGCAGUGCUGACAGAAAACGGAUGGCUAAUUCAUUCAUCACAAGCACUAGUCAGCAACGGAGGCUACUGGUGCAGAAAAAUCUCUGUAACUAUUCACAACGGACUUUCAGAUUUGUCAUUUGCCUACAGGAAACUGUAAGUAGCACAUUGCCUGGAAGCACUGGCUGUUGUAAUGCUGUUAACUAGUUUGGAUCUCAACAAAAGAAACCUGCAGAAGAUGUGUGUGCAUCUGUGCACAUAUAACAACAGAUUUAGGAAGCAAACUGAUAUAAGAUGUACAUUGCCAAUGCUAACAAAACGAGAAUAACAGGCUGAUAUCUGUUGGAAAACAGAAAAAAAUGGACAUUACCUCAUAAAAGAUAUUGUAACAUUCCCAUGUAGGCAUUUUUUAAUUCUCAACCCAAUCUACCACAUUUCCAUUUCUGCGAGCUUGAGAAUACUUCCUAAGAUCCCCCACACAAGAGCUGCUGUGCUGUGGUGCAGGAGUAUGUAAGAGCUCUGCAAUAUGCCUCAGAGUUAAUGAAAACAAUGGCUACUCGCUAUAUGUUGUAGAACGCCUUCACAGCUUGUGAAGAUGGGCAUGGAAGUUCAGGCUGAGCUCAAAACAUGAAUCUGCAGGAGAAAAUUGUUAGGUCUUUAGUAAUUGCAUUGAGUUGGUUGUAUUUUUUAGUGAUAGCUGUCAAGUGCUUGUGGAAAACUGUGGUUUAUGAUAUUUCCUAAUAUGUGAGCAAUAGAACAGAGUGGGGACUGUAGCACCUUAUUUAUUUCCCAAGUGAAUCCCAAGACUCAUUCCACUGGACAGCAUAGUAAGUUUGCUGAUAAAAGGGCUUAUUGUUACUUCAUUCUUGAUAUUGUAAUGUAAUAAAAGCUGAUGAAGACUCUGGAGCUUGUCCUACAAGAGCUGCAGACACCUGUACAUUUCUCUCUCUUCAUGUCUCUUCAUGGCCUGGGAGAGAACUCUCCUGUACUGUCUUCCCUACAAGUGUACGGUACAAAACAAAGGCUCUAAGCUGAGCUGGCCUCACUCUUGCCUUUGCCUAGAGAAGAACACUCAGUGGAGCUUCUUUCCUUCAGAUGCUUACUCUGGGUGAUGUUUUCCUGGGAGGCUGGGUGCUUGCAGUUGGGAGCAGGGAUGGAGGGCUCUGGUGGGGCUUGGAGCUGAGGUUCUGUGGUGUAUUCAAGGGGUAGGAGGUGCUAUAAUUAAUCUUCUGGUUUAAUGUUAUA